GGAGAGACCUGCAUUAACCCCGCUCUGUGCCCAGCCCCUGGGGCAGCCCUGGGCUCUUCUCGCCCCAGCUCCCGAGCCGGAGCCUGCAGGGGAUGCAGAGACCCGGGGGACCGCGCUGGGGCGCGCGGGGGGGGAACAGCGCUGGGAGAUCUCUGGGGUCCUGGAGAAAAGCUCCAGCCAGGGGCACAGGGCGCUGGGUCCCCGCUGUCUGUCCCCCUCGGGCAGGGUCUCUGGGUCUGUCCCUGGGCUGGGCCUGAGCCGGACCCACUGCGCAGGGGUUAGGGGGUGAAUGGGGUGAAGCCCUUUGAGAGCCCCCGAGGGAAAGCCCUAGAGAAGGGCAGGGCUGUGGCGGGUGUUCGGUUAGUUGGUUUCCCACAGAAAAGGGGCACUGCCCGAAACCCAGCAAUGAAAGGGGUAAAACAGUGACACGUGCCUAUAAAUUAGCCCCCGAAUGUGCCCCCAGCCAGGGCAGUGUCCUGGGUGCACACGGAUGCCCUUUGCACACUCAGAGGGGGAGAGGAGUGGCUGGAAAAUAACGGUGGGUGCAGAACUGUGGGUGUAAAUUCAAAGGCUGAUCCUGGUUCAAGCGAGUAAUAAAGUGACCAAGUGUUUGCCAAGCCUGGCAGAGUCUAGAUCCUCUGUCUGCAGGGAAAGAGGCUGGGGGUGGGGUGGUAUUAGGGUGUGAAAUGAACCAAAGCCCCUUCUGAGACCUCCACAAUUGCCCAUCUCGCCCUGACAGGCUGCAGAAUAAUGUCCAUGUUUUGAUCCAGAUCGCCCCAUCCUCCCAGGGGACAGGGCAAGGAAAUGGCUGAAGUGGAACAAGCUCAGGGGCAGGUGACCUUCGAGGAGGUGGCUGUGUAUUUCACAGAGGAGGAGUGGGCUCUGCUGGACCCACUUCAGAGAAACCUCUACAUGGAUGUGAUGCAGGAGAAUUAUGAGAACGUGACCUCGCUGGGAUUUCCCAUUCCCAAACCUGAGGUGAUCUCCCAGCUGGGACAAGGGAAAGAGCUCCCAGCUCUUCAGAGAUCCAAGGAAAGGCAGAUCCCAAGAGGCACGCACGCAGGGACUGGUUCCUGUCUGGAUUCUUUCUCUAUCCCAGCAAGUGAGGGGACGGUGGAUGAGAGCCAGGAGAAUUCUCAGCAGCAAGGUCCUGAACAAGUGGAACCACAGGGGACAUCAUCAAGAAGAUCCGAUGGGGACGUUUCCCAGAGUCCUGAGCAUGGAGACACCUGUGACAUCCAGCGCAGGCCAGAGAGGCCUCAGAGAAAUGGCCAAUCAACCCCACGUGGAGGGGGUCCGAAGGGACUCGGAGAUGCAACGAAGACCCCUCCGGCACCGAACGCCUGCCCUGACUGUGGGAAAAGCUUCCACCGUAGCUCGGACAUUGUCCAGCAUCAGAGGACCCACACGGGUGAGUGACCCUACCACUGUGCCGAGUGCGGGAAGAGCUUCGGCUACAGCUCCUCCCUCAUCAAACACCGGAGGACCCACACGGGCGAGCGACCCUACAAGUGUCCCAAGUGCGGGAAGGGCUUCAGCCAGAGCUCCAACCUGACAGAGCACCAGAAAACCCACAGCGCUGCCACACCUUACACGUGCCCCGACUGUGGGAAAGGCUUCAAGGUGAGGUCCAAUUUCCUCCACCACCGGCGGGUGCAAACCGGGGAGCGGCCCUACCGGUGCACCGAGUGCGGGAAAGCCUUCGCCCAGAGCUCCGACCUCAUGAAACACCAGCGGAGCCACACGGACGAGAGACCCUAUCAAUGCCCUGACUGCGAGAAGCGCUUCACCCGCAACACGUACCUGGUCCAGCAUCGCCGGGCCCACACCAGCGAGCGCCCCUACCACUGCCCUGACUGCGGGAAGCGCUUCGUGGUCAGCUCGCACCUCCUUGCCCACCAGAGGGUGCACACAAGAGAGAUGCCCUACCACUGUGCCCAGUGUGGGAAAGGGUUCAAGGUGCAGUCCAAUCUCCUGCACCACCAGGGGAUCCACACUGGGAACAAGCCUUUCAAAUGCCCGGAGUGCGAGAAAAGCUUCAGCCGCAGCUCUGACCUGCUCAUCCACCAGCGACUGCACACCGGGGAAAGGCCCUUCAAAUGCACCGAGUGCAGGAAGGGCUUCAGCCGCAGAUCGGACCUCGUGACGCACCACAGGAUCCACACAGGCGAGAAGCCCUACACAUGCCCCGAGUGCGGGAAGGGCUUCACGCAGAGGUCGCAUCUGGGGGUUCACUGGAGAACCCACACCGGGGAGAGGCCCUGCCAGUGCGCGGACUGCAGGAGGAGCUUCAGUCAGAAAUCGGCCCUGGCGAAACAUCGGCGAGUGUACCUGGCAGAGAGGCACGAUCCGCAACUGGUAGUGGCGGCGGGCGCCAGCUCCAUUGUGACCCGAGAUCGCAGGCUGAGCCGCUGCUGCGGAGCGUCGGAAACCUGCAUUAACCCCGCUCUGGGCCCAGCCGGGGGGACUUUCUGCGGUGGGUGGAACCAGCCCCUGGGCAGCCCCGGGCUCUGCCGACACCAGCCCCUGAGCCGGAGCCUGCAGCCACUGGUGACGUUAGAGGAGGUGACUUUCACCAUGGAGCCCUGGGUGAUGCUGGAUCCGCGGCAGAGAGCCCUGUACCGGGACGUCAUGCAGGAAAGCUAUGAGACCCUGAUGUCCCUGGCACUAUUUCCGAUUUCUAAACCCGACCUGAUCUCCUGGAUGGAACGAGGGGAGGAGCCAUCCGCCCGGGAUUUCCAGGGACGGGAGAGCCCCCGCGGAGCCCACGCAGCAGCUGAUGGUUUGGUGAGCGACAACGAGGAGGAGGAUGCUGAGGAGGAGGAAGAGGAGGAGGAAGGCUCAGAGGAGCUGGAACCACGCACGUCUCAGAACCCUGAGUGGGAAAAGAGCCCUGCUGGCUCCGAUGAACAAAAGAAAGCCCAGCCAGGGAACAAGCAUGACAAAGCCACACAGCGCGGUCCAGGCCUGAGGAAGCCGAAGGGCACCGUGGCCCAGACUCGCUGUGGCGACUGCAGGAAGAGUUUCAAGUGUGGGGCGGCUGGGGGCCGGCAGCGUAAGGGCAAGCCGACCGAGGAGCGCGCCAAACCCUUCCGCUGCCAGGACUGCGGCAAGAGCUUCAUCUGGGCCUCGCACCUGGAGCGGCACCGGCGCAUCCACACCGGCGAGCGCCCCUUCCGCUGCCCCGAGUGCGGGGAAAGCUACAGUCAGAGCUCCCACCUGCUGCAGCACCGCCGCACCCACACCAGCGACCGGCCCCAUAAGUGCGGUGACUGCGGGAAACGCUUUGCCCAGCCUGACGAGCUGGCCGCCCACCAGCAGGGCCACGCGGCGGACAAACCCCACAAGUGCAGCCACUGUGGCAAGGGCUUCAUCUGGGCCUCCCACCUGGAGCGGCACCGGCGCAUCCACACCGGUGAAAAGCCCUUCAAAUGCCCCGAGUGCGGGGAAUCCUUCAGCCAGAGCUCCCAUCUGGCAAAGCACCGGCGCAGCCACACAGGAGAGCGCCCCUACCGCUGCCCGCACUGCGGGAAAAGUUUCUGUCAGAGCUCGGACCUGGCCCGCCACAAGCGGAUCCACCUGGGCAAGAAACCCCUGCGCUGCGGUGACUGCGGGAAGUGCUUCCGGGCUGGCCCGGCCCUGGCCCGGCACCAGCGCUCCCACCGGCGGGAGAGAGCCCACCGCUGCGGUGACUGCGGCAAAGGCUUCGUCUGGGCCUCUCACCUGGAGCGGCACCGGCGGGUCCACACGGGCGAGCGCCCCUUCCCCUGCACUAGCUGCGGGGAGCGCUUCGCCCAGAAGGCCCACCUGCUCCAGCACCGCAAGACCCACUCCCCCGACCGGCCUUACAAGUGCGGGGACUGCGGCAAGCGCUUCGGGGACAACGCCGCCUUCCUGGCCCACCAGCAGGGCCACGCAGCGGAGAAGAGCUACAAGUGCAGCGACUGCGGGAAAGGCUUCGCCUGGGUCUCCCACCUGGAACGGCACCGGCGCAUCCACACUGGAGAAAAGCCUUUCAAAUGUCCUGAGUGCGGGGAAUCCUUCAGCCAGAGUUCACAUCUCACCAAGCACCAGCGCAGCCAUCUGGGCAAGCGGCCCUACAAGUGUAGCGAGUGCGGGAAGGCCUUCGGCCUCACUCUUGACCUCAUCAUACACCAGCGGACCCACAUGGGCGGCAAACCCUAUAAGUGCUCCCAGUGCAGGAAAGGCUUCACUCGCCGGGCCAACCUCAUCAAACACCAGAGGAGCCAUGGGGAGGAGGAACCCUGAGGGGAUGCAGGGACUGGGCUGCAGGGUGGAGGGAGCGAAAGGGGGAUAGGAUAAACAUGACAGUUGGAGGCUAAAAAGCGUGUGUGUGGUGGGGAAUGGUAUAAAUGUGAGGCUCAGAAGCUAACAGGCUAGAGGAAAGAUAUAGAUGUGAAACUUGGUGGCUAAUGAGGUGGGGGAGCAGUAUAAAUGUGACAC